UACUCUGAACCACUUCCUACUUCCGCAAACACAACAGCUCCGUGUAGUUUCCCCGUUUUAUCGGUUGGUCAAUGCGGUGGUUGACUUCUGCCUUUCUUUACUCUAUUUACAUAUUCUAACAGUUCCGACAUUUAAUGAGUGAUUGAUUUUAAACACGUCAUGACGGCCAACAGCCGCUGUUCCGCCGCCGAGCCUCCGGGCCUGGAGACCCAGCGGCGGGAGAUCGAGUCUCUGCUGCGGGAGUGUGAGCUCCGCGCUGGGGACAGUUGGUACGUGAUGGAGCGUCGUUGGUAUGAACAGUGGAAGGAGUUCGUGGAGACCGGAGACCAGAACUCGUCUUCCUUCCCCGGUCAGAUCGACAACACUGAGCUGUUUGAGGGUCAGUGAACGCCUCAUGAUGUCAUCACCUGACAAACAGCACUCCUCAACUUUCCUUCUCUCUUCUAUCCCUAAAAACUGCACUUCAAACCAACUAUUUUCUAUAAUUAGGAUAAACUAUGGAAGCCCUGAGAGGCAAGAAUCCAGGAGUCUG